CUGUAGCAAGUUACUUAGCAGGCGAUGUUUCACCUACAUAACAAAGCACACAGAUAACAUAAACACACCGAACAGAACAGGAAAACAAGGAGGAGCAGAAAGAAAAGGAAUGGAGUGGAUUUUCUAAUUACAAAUGAGCAUAUAACGCGGGUAAACUCCGAUUUCUGUUGUUGCAAUUGCAUCCCAAAGUGGAGCAAUUGGAUGGGGGAAGUACGGAGAAAGAGAAGGAGGAUGAUGAAGAAAGGGGGAGUAAAGAACCGGGGACAAGCGACGAUCAUUAAGCCUCCAGUUGUUGUUAUAACUGUACUGUGAUGUAAGGUUCGUGCUAAGUUUCUACUAAUGCAUAUAUUCGACAGUAAAGACUCGGAAACGAAACGAUAACAAGUAUCGAUUUACCGUUCCUAACAAAGUUAAAUUCAAGUUGCUCAGUAAAAUAUUAUUUACAUAAACAGCUUUGGGUAAAAGUUCCCCACUUUGAAGUCUGUAGAUAUCUGGGUUGCCUUUGUUACACUUUUCGCGAUUCAAAUGGCCGACGUGCGAAACCGUACAUUUGCAUCGAGUAAGAAGCAGAGCGGCCAAAGAGGAUGCGCAACCAGGGGGUUAACAGGCAGCAGUGGGAGCGAGAGGGGUUAAUCGCACCGUCUGCGAUAUGUCACGUUUCGCGGAGGCAGGUGAGUGCAAUAAAGUGGAGUGUGUGACAAGUCAAAAGACAAUUCAACUAAUGAGCGAGCUUAGCUUAGUUGAAAAGCCGCACAAGCAGUCGCACGGCAGUCGAGGAAGCAGUGCGUAAGCAGUGCCACACUGGGACACAAAAUGCAGCUCAUAUUUUGUUUAAAGAAUGAUAAAUACCUUUUCUUGGUAGGUGCAAUCCUGAUAAAAAAAAAGGUAAACAGCUAUUUAUAAAGAUGAAAUCAUGUAGUCGGCGAUUGCCUUGUCAAGUCCGGAAAUGAGAAAUAAUCUCAAAGGUCUAGUUCAAUUCAUAUUUAACUUAACUGCUUAAAAACGAGAAUCUCAGUGGAAGAACAUUUUUGGGAAGUGCAAGAAGGUGGAGCAACAAAGGAGGUGAGGCAAGCGGUGGGGAACCUGCAAUUAUGGGAAGCCUUCUGCCGACAUUGCGCAGUCCAGGCUUAAAAGUCAAAUAACAUAAAUUAUGGCCAAGCGGACGGGGACGGAAGAUCAUAUGGGGCCAAGCCCCACGAAGAUAAACAGUGGAAUAAGUCUGCCCGUGGGCCCUUUGGGCUCUAUAAAUAGAGUUGCCAACUGCGGCAAUUGCAGCCACCGACAAUUGCAAGUCCCUUUUGCCUUUUGCCUUCUUUUAUGGCAAUUUAUGAUUAAUAAAAGGAAUUAAUCGCACACAAUGCCAGCGAAUGGCCAUAAUUGGUGGCACCGACUCCUGCAAGGAUCCGCGGAUCACAGUCAAGGUCAUCGCAAGGCCAUAUAAGGGAGCACCCACCGUCUAUAGAAUUCAACUGAAUAUUGCAACUGUGAUCAAAGGCAGCAAAUGGCUUCGUUUCGAAUGUUUUCUACUAUCAAAUAAAACCACCAAAUGUCGCACUGCUACAUAAUGAAAUUUGUGGGCGCAAGGUCCUGGGACACGCCCAGCUAUGGCCUAAAACUCAACAUGUUCGAGAAGAACAACUCGAUGUCCUCGGUGACCACGGUGCGGCAGGAUGUGGCCAUUCCGCUGUGGCACCUCGUACUCCUGCAACAUCCGCGCAAACGGAGCGCCGCAUCCGCAACGCGUGCGGAACUUCCGCGUACCCUGUAUAAUGGGACGACGAAAACGUGCGACUUUUGGAAAUACAUUCGCCACGUGUCCGCGUGGAACAAUGUGGCCAAGUUGAUACUCUCCAAAGGUGCCAGCAAUAUGAGUCUCGGCUGUCCACUGAAAACGGGCGUAUACGUAAUGAAUCGCAUCCAAGUGCCGCCGGAGACGACGAUCCUGAAGUUCAUGUACCAUCCGAACACACUGUACACCCUGGAGGGCACCGUCUACUCCCUGAAUCCCAAGGACAAGGUCACCAAGAAGACCUUGUGCUACUACGAGAUCAAUGCCACCAUCUUCAAAUCUUGUUAA